AUGCCUGGAGAGGGAAUGCUGGUUACGAACCCGAUGUUGAAGGGUGUCAAUCUGAACACCGAGGGCGACAUGGCGAGGGAGGAGGGCAAAGAUGCGGAUAUGGGGGAUGCGAGGCGAGAACUGAUUUACAACUGGGAAAGCCUACAUAUAAGUAACAAAGGGACACAUGGAGACUUGACAGAUUCGUAG